GACUGGUGAAAUGCAAGUUUCCCAACAACAACUUUCUGAGGAAGCAAACUUUGUGAACAAAGCAAGUCAGGAGUCUUUGAAUGUGAACGACAUAGACCGUUCGGUAACUGUAACUGGACAAGACAAGCCAACGAAUUCUUCUGGCUACUGGAAAGAAGGUUGGGAAAGUCAAAUAGCUGCUUUGAAAGUGGAAUUGGCACAAUUGCGUUUUGAAAAUGAGUCUCUCUCGCUGCAAUUGAGAAAUCUACAAAAUCUUCAAGGAAAACUGCAAACUUCUGGAUUCGUGCAAACUGAAGACUCUUCCGAGCGGAAGAGUCCAAAUGUUGGAAUAAGUUUGUUCAACAAGACUUCACAAAACGCUGAACACGAAAAUUUUAUGGGUUCUCAUUUCUGGAACAAGAAGAAACCUGUGAAGAAGAAAAGCAGGGAAGAUAUACAACCGGAACGUAGCUCGUUUGAGUCCGUUUCAGAAGAAAAAGAAACCUCUUUGGAAAAGGAAAUGUUUUCUAACGAAAUAACUGUUGACGUUUUAAGAACAAGCAAUCAAGGACAAGACCAAGGAGUGCAAGGAACUCUUUCACUAUGCCAUGAUUUGCUUGUAUUUAGGCCCUUAGAUUCAGAAGUUGUCUUUCAAAGUGAGAAAGAAAUUGCCAAAGUAUCAUUGGAGAAAAGGCUGAAGGAUAUUCCAGAGUUAUCCUUUUCCAAACGAGUGCUGAAAGACGCCAAUAUUUCUGUGCCAUUGGGUUUUAUUCAUGUUUGUGAAAAACAAGAUAUAACUUUUGUAGGUUUACAAAGCCCUAUGGAAUCUUUAUACUUUUCAACGCAACAAUUGCAUUCGCGCUUCAGAACUUUGCAAACUGGCAAUUCAUUAUCUCAUUUUACUCCAAAAUUGUUGCAGAAUUCUGCCAUUCUUCGUUCCAAUGAUUUGAUAUUGCUCUCUUUAUGUAUGCCUAGACGUUAUCAGAACUGCGAUUGGAGUCUUCUGUAUUCGACCAAUGAUCAUGGAAUUAGCAUUCACACUUUUUAUAGUCGAGUAUCGGAGAAAAGUCCUACAUUGCUUCUUAUCAAGAAUACGGACGGUGAUUGCUUUGGUUGUUAUGCAUCACAGCCUUGGAAGCCUUGCUUACACUAUUAUGGCACUGGAGAAUGUUUUGUAUUUACUCUAUCUCCAGAAUAUCAUGUUUAUCGAUGGUCUUCCGAAAAUCAUUCCUUUCAACUAAGCAGUAUGGAUUUCCUAGCUAUAGGGGGUGGUAAGCAUUUUGCUAUAUGGAUCGAUUCAGACUUUGUCAGUGGUUCAUCUGGAGAAUGUGAUACAUUUCACAGUCCUACUUUAUGUUCUUAUAGGGAGUUCACUUGUCAUAUAUUAGAAGCUUGGUGUCCCAUUUCUAACUAGAUAGGUAACAUACUAUAUAUUGCCAAGUUGGUUUAUUGGAAAGUCAUCCCAAAUGUAAAGUUUAGAUAUUUUCGUAAUUCUCAUAAGGACAUUACGAUUAUAUCAAGAAAACUCAUUCAAAUAUGAUGAUAUCAAAAGCUAUUAUGAUAAGAUUCUUCCAUAUAUAUAUAUAUAUAUAUAUAUAUAUAUAUAUAUUAUGUAU